GUGUUUGUGUUUCAGUAAGACGUUAAUGAUUGGUGCACACCACGACAUCACCAAGCCAACGAGCAAGAAGCGGCCUUCACAAGUUGCUGUUGUAACUCUCAGAAAACGCUGUUGUACUCCUCUCUAGUGCACGUGACCAAUGAGUGCUUCGGAACGUGGGAUGGAAGAAUGUCAUGUGACUGCAAGAUAAAAGGUGGAGGCUGGAGACAUCCAGCAGCUGAUUGGUCACCAAAAAGAAUGUCCCCCUCAGCCACAGGGUGGGAGCUCCACUUUGGAGCAGGCGACGCUACCAAUUAAAGAGGAAGAACUCUCCAUCACUCAGGAGGGAGAGCAUCUUCUCGGGCCAGAGGAGGCUGAUCUCACCAGGUUGCCACUGACUGGUGUCUCUGCGGUGACCGAAGACCCUGAAGACAAACCACCUGAAUCCUCACAGCUUCAUCAUAGUCCAAGUGAGGAGAUGAGAGAGGCGGAGCCACAGCCCCCCUGUGUUAAAGAGGAUGAGGAGGAGCUACAGCCCCCCUGUGUUAAAGAGGAAGAGGAGGAGCCACAGCCCACCUGUAUUAAAGAGGAAGAGGAGGAGCUACAGCCCACCCACAUUAAAGAGGAAGAGGAGGAGCCACAGCCCACUUAUUUUAAAGAGGAAGAGGUGGAGCCAGAGCCCCCCUAUGUUAAAGAGGAAGAAGAAGAACUCUCGAUCACUCAGGGGGUAGAGCAUCUUCUAGGGCCAGAGGACGCUGAUCUCACCAGGUUGCCACUGACUGGUGUCUCUGUGAAGAUUGAAGACCCUGAAGACAAACCACCUGAGUCCUCACAGCUUCAUCAUAGUCCAAGUGAGGAGAUAAGAGAGGCGGAGCCUUCAUGCAGCAGCUCACUGCAACACAUGACAACAGAAGCUGAUGGAGACCACUGUGGAGGAUCACAAGCAGACAACCUCUUAGCUCCACUGUCAGAUAGUGACGACACAACGUCACACUCUCCUGAAGGUGAAGACAGCAACUUCAACCAAGAAUCUCUGAGCAGCGAUACAGACUGUGAAGGUGAUAUGAUGACUCACACUGGCAACAAACACUCUGAAAGCUCUAAAAAGAAGACAGGUAAACGUUUUAACUGCUCAGUUUGUGAUAAAAGAUUUUCUGGUAAGAGUCAUCUGGCUCAACACAUGAGAACACACACAGGAGAAAAACCUUUUACUUGCUCAGACUGUGGUAAACGCUUCACUCAAAAGACAAACAUGCAAAGACACAUGAGAAAACACACAGGAGAAAAACCUUUUAGUUGCUCACGCUGUGGUAAAUGCUUCACUCGAAAUACAACCAUGCAAAGACACAUGAGAACGCACACAAAAGAAAAACCUUUUAGUUGCUCAAACUGUGGUAAACGCUUCGCUCGAAAGUCAGACAUGGGAUUACACAUGAGAAUACACACUGGAGAAAAACCUUUUAGUUGCUCAGACUGUGGUGAACGCUUUGCUCGAAAGUCAGACAUGAGCUUACACAUGAGAACACACACAGGUGAAAAACCUUUUAGUUGCUCAGACUGUGGUAAACGCUUUACUCGAAAGACAACCAUGCAAUCACACAUGAGAACACACACAGGAGAAAAACCGUUUAGUUGCUCAGACUGUGGCAAACGCUUCACUCAAAAGACAACCAUGCAAAGACACAUAAGAACACACACAGGGGAAAAGCUUUUUAAUUGUUCAGACUGUGGUCAACGCUUCACUGAAAAGACAACCUUGCAAAGACACAUGAGAACGCACACAGGAGAAAAACCAUUUACUUGCUCAGAUUGUGGUAAACGCUUCACUGAAAAGACCAAUAUACAAAGACACAUGAGAACACACACAGGAGAAAAACCUUUUAGUUGCUCAGACUGUGGUAAAUGCUUCACUGAAAAGGCACCCAUGCAAAGACACAUGAGAACGCACACAGGAGAAAAACCUUUUAGUUGCUCAGACUGUGGUAAACGCUUCACUGAAAAGGCAACCAUGCAAACACACAUGAGAACACACACAGGAGAAAAACCAUUUACUUGCUCAUAUUGUGGUGACACAUUUUCUUGGAACUGCUCUUUGAAAAGACACAUGCACAGUCACUGAUGGUCUACUGCAGGUGUCGGCAACCCGCGGCUCUUCAACCUCCUUCUUGCCGCUCACUUUUUUCAAACACCAAAGUAUGGAAAAUGUGCAUUUUUGAAAUGAAUGUUAAAUAUCCCACUCACCGCAUGUCCGUGAAUGCACCGAGAUUGUGUUCUGACUGCUGAUUGGAUGAACAAGGAAGGGUGAGGUAGGCUCAUGUAUGCAGUGAGUCUCACUGUGAGGGAGAGAAAAAAAGGUGAGAGAAAUGCCAGACAUCUGUGACUUCAAUCUGAGCAACAUUUGUGGGCGUUUCUGUGCAAAGCCCAGGGGUUUACAGUAUAGACCAUGAAGCCACCCACGCAGGAAUAGCGGCAGGCAGUCGCAUCUUGUUUAUAAUCAGAUCAAAAAAGGACUUGUAAAUUAGACAGAUGCAACUUAAAGCACAACAAUAUUUUUUGUGAUGUACCAACGAAAGUCCUUCCUGUGAUUAUUACUUGGACAAAAUGAUUCAACCUCUUGGUCACAUACGUCCUUCGUACAAAACCCUUUGGCAAUAAUAACGUACCUCAGACGUGACACAUAGCUCGACACAAUUGUCUUUCAGAGAUCUACUGGAAUCUUAGCCCGUUCCUCAUAGGCAAAGGCAUGCUGCAACUGCCUUCUUCAAGUCCCAUCAGAGAUUUUCAAUUGGAUUUAAGUCAGGCGAUUGCGAUGGCCUCUAUGUCACCCACACUCUGUAACUGGGUGUUUAACUUUUAACAGGCAGGCCCCAGUCAGUCAGAGUCCACAAUCGCACAUCCAGCUCAAGAAUUGUGAGCACUGGGACCCCACAGGGGUGUGUGCUGAGUCCGCUCCCCUACACGCUCUUCACCUACUGUAUGAUUGCGUGGCCUUCCAGAACAACACCAGCAUCAUUAAAUUUGCGGAUGACACUACAGUCAUCGGCCUGAUCACUGGUGGUGUUGAAACAUCAUACACUGUAAAAUAUAAUAAGUUGACUUUACUUAAAAAAAAUAUGCAAACUCGCUGCCUCACAAAAACUAAUUUUUGUUAACUUAGAUGAAUUACAUAGGAUUAAUUUAAUUAUUGUGAGUGUUCAGUAAUUAGAUUACACUUCAUAAUUGGAUUAUAGUAACUUGUUUAUUUUGAGUUGUCUGUACUCAUUUUAUCUUAAAUAAUUGGAUUAUAGUAACUUGUUUAUUUUGAGUUGUCUGUACUCAUUUUAUCUUAAAUAUUUGGAUUAUAGUAACUUGUUUAUUUUGAGUUUGCAGUACUCAAAUUAUCUUAAAUUUUUGGAUUACAGUAACUUGUUUAUUUUGAGUUUGCAGUACUCAAAUUAUUUUACAUCUUUGGAUUACAGUAACUUGUUUAUUUUGAUUAUGGAGUACUCAAAUUAACUAAUGAUUUACACUACAGUAACUUAUUUAUUGUGAGCUUCCAGUACUCAAGUGAUAGUCUAAUUCGCUUUAGUGUUUCUCAUCCAUCAUAUUCAUGUAAACUUAAUGUAAUCCAACUCAGGUUCAACUCAAGAAGCGAGGGAUAGAUUAGUGUAAAAAGUAAACACAUGAGCCUGGUUUUGGGGUUGACAAGGCUAGUUCAGAUAGUUGGCUGAGGUCAUAGGGCGUUUGCUUCUCAAAACAUUAUGCGCUUCAAGUGAAACAUUUGCAUCACAAAACCAUUGUCCACGAAAAAGUCUGACCUCACAAUCGCUCGACACUAUUUUCUCUCCCUUAGAAUGGGCAGAGAGAGAGAGAAGUGGUCCAAGCUGAAGUUGGACCCACAACUGUCUCUCACAGCUACAGCUGGGGGUCCAACUUCAGCUUGGACCACUUCUCUCUCUCUUUCUCUUUCUGCCCGUUCCACCUCCAUCUGAUGAAGUUCUGUCUGUCAUCUGUUUAUUCAGGUCCAUAAAAGGUAUCCCUGGCUGUGUGCUAAGUUUCUUGACCUAAAAGAACAGCACUUGUUGAUUUCAUAAAAAAAAAAAUAAAAAAAAAAACACAAUGAGUAGAGAACACUUAAACUCAGUGGAAUUAAAAUUUAUUUAACUAAAAAUAGUUCCUGACCUGGGAACAUGGUCCAGUUUGAGACAAGAAAACAUAUCAAAAAACAGUCUCUCAACAAAAAUGCACAACAUAUAGAAAAUAUGUUCCUCAUAAUUGCUUGGAAAGAAUAUUAUGAAGACCUAAACCCUUUCAGAGAACCUUUCUGAACUAAUCACUUUUUAGUUCUGAAGCUUACGGUUAUGUUGGGUGCAGUUACUUUUUGAAAACCAAAGUAACAACUUGAAACAUAAUGACAUGCACAUUAACAACAAAUAUUUCCUGUUGAUCCACUCUUCAAAAUGAGGGUCCUGGAUGUGUUGGCAUUACUUGUACAAAAGCACAUACAUUUAUUUUCCAUAAAGGUAACAAUUAUUAAGAGACACAGGAAACUAUUGAUGUUGGUGUGUCAACUAUGUAGGCAUUUUAAAUUAUUGGGAUUAUUAUUUUGCAGUGAAGAUAAAGAAGUGAGAUGCCUGUGCAGCCUGGACAUGCUAAUAUUGCUGAUAUUUCCUUGUCACCUAUUGAGAAUCAAAUAUCAUCUUUUUGUUAAGUUGCUCACACAAAAUGGGUUUGGGUAAAAUUUAAGUCAAUUUUCUUUCAUACAGGUAAUGCUGGGACAUCUGGGACUCUAUUUUGAAGAGGGGAAAAGGUUUUUGCACUGCCUACCCCAGUAGUUUGUUUUUCAAACUAAGCAGUUUCGGAUUGAGUAUUUUGCUUCCCAAUCCAAGCAUGAUUGCUUGAAUGAAUGUGAGUGUGUUCACCAUGCAUUUUGGGUAAUCUAAGUGAAGCGCAUACAUAAGACCAAACAAGAGGCAGACUGCCUGGGGAAAGUCUCUAACAUUGUCCAUGACUGUACUUCCCUCAAGUAUGAUGGCAGUGGAGAUUGGCUGGAGGUGCACUGCAUUUAGACCCUGCUGCAGAGCAUCUUCAUUGACCACGGUCAGCACCCCAACUGUCACUGAGGCGAGUGCUUCUUCCUUCGCUGUGUCCUGCAAAAGAAGCACACACAACUACCUUUUGAAUCUGGCCGUCUUUUGGGAAAUUCUAUAGACUGAAAGUGUGAGAAUGGGGGAAUUCACAUAUUUAAUGUAAUUACAGUAUGUACUAAUUUAGUGAUUAUGAUCUUUUAUGAGUGAGAUUAGAAUCCAUCAGUUUCUGAUCAACUGAAAAUAACUGUAUUUUAAAUAUUUGACAACACUAUCAAACGUAUCAAAUAUGAUUUGUCAAUAACUUGAGAUCAAUAUGUUUCUUACAAUAUGAUACUUACAAAGCAAGUCUUGUAGACCUCACUGGAGUCAUCACCAAGCACAAUAGGAAGGCCUCUGAGGACAACAGAGCGAAGUGCCGUCACAUCUGGCGACUAAAUAUACAGACAGAGAAUAGAUUCAAGUUAAGGACUUUGUAGCAUUUUGAGGGGUGUGGUGGGGGUGGUGGGUGGGGUGGGGUGUUGAUAUACUGUUCUGUAUUGUCUCUAAUAGUGCUGCCUCAUAAUAGAGACAAAAGUUUUAUUAGAAUAAUUGGUAACAUUUGAAUACCUAAUUUUACACAUCCCACUUUCUCUAUUUUCUUUCAUCAUACAAACUCAACAUUUCAAUGAAAUUUAACCAUCUUGUUUUAAUCCUGGAUCAAACUGACCCAAUCUGUUUGGACUGGUCCUUCUUUCCACAUACUGUGUCCCCAUCCCUCCUUCCUUCCUUCCUUCCUCCCUGCUCCUCUUUCUCUCUUUCCUUUUUUCCUUCAUCCUUCCUUUCUUCUGUCCCUCCUCUCCCUCCUUUCCUUCUUUUCUUCCUCCCUUUCUUCUGUCCCUCCUCUCCCUCCUUUCCUUCUUUUCUUCCUCCCUUCUCUAUCCUCUCCUUUCCACACUCCUUUCCUUUAUUUGUUCCUUCCUUCUUUCCUCCAUCCUUCAUUCCUCCCUACUUUAAUUUAUUUCUUUAUCUUUCUGUCGUUAUCUUUCGUUCCUUCUCCCUCCCUUUCUUUCUUUCCUUCUGUCUUCCUUUCUUCCUUGAGCCAAGAGGACAACAGAAGGGUUAAAAUAAAAUGCCCUUGUGCAUGCAUUUUUUAUUAUUUUAUAUAUAUAUAUACAUAUUUUUUAUUAUUAUUUUUAAUUAUUAUUUAUUACAAUUACACUGAAAUGUGCUAACUAGCAUACUGUUGGACUUUCUUGUUACUAAGAAUGACAGACUGACAAACAAAUAAAAACCUGUUGAAAUUGAACAAAACAUGGUGCGAUGAGUAGUCCACAACAACUGGUAUACAUGUUGUGAAAGGAUUUUGAAAAGCAUGAUUUAAUUUGUGAAGUGAUGUAGCUAGUGUAUCUGGUACGGUCACCAAGAGUGUAUCUGUCUCAGCAGCAUGCAGCAACACAGCAGAGAGAAAGGCAGUGUGACUGGUAUGUGAAACAGGCCAAAGGUGCAUUGCCGCCACCCAUUAUUACUGGAGUGUAAAUUACAAAAUCCUUACCAGGCAGUUGAUGUGCUGCAUCAAGUCUGUCAAUUUUUGUCCUGUAGUUCCUUUUUUGGACUUGAAAAGCUCGAUGAAGCGUGGGGUAUGUUGGUCUAAGGCUUCAUAGAAGUUUCCUUCAAGGUUCUUACUGGCCACGCGAUUAAACUCUGCAAAGACCUGAAAUAAUGGAGAGUGGCAGGAGGGAGAGGGAUAGCAACAUGAAGCUGACUGUCAUUCAAUUAAUACUGCAGAACAUUAAAGAGCUUAACAUAUGAAACUAUGGUGAAUAAUACAUUACUACUACUAUAUUAUGAAACAAAUAACAGUGCACAUGCUGACUCCGAAAACUUUUUACUGAUUUGUAUAUAGUGCAAGAGCUAUUUUUUUGAUGAUGAUGUGUUUUCAUAUUCAGCCUCACAACAUUGAUAUGUUCUGACUGACAUUUAAUCUGCUGGAAACUUAAUGUGGGAAGGCAGGCCAAAAUGACAAGUAACUUACCUGUCUCUCAGUAAAAAGUGCUGGCCAACGUUCAACCAUGCUCUGCACAGCAGGCUCCUGUGUCACUAUCUCCCUUCUGCGCAGUGGGAAUGUUUGGUCCAUUAUUUGCGAGACUAGAGUGGCAUUGGGGUUUUUUUUCUUCAUUUCCUCGAAGACAGUCUUCCUGGCAUUUUCAAGGCUUCUUUCAUCAUGUCCGUCUGGUAAAUUAGGCAAAUAAUUGGCUUCGCCUCUUUUUGGUCUCUUGACAUUCUUGCUGGAUGAGUCUCCAUCUGGAUUAAGUUUUUACUUCGUUUACCCCCAUUUAUCAUUACAUCAUCACAUCCUGCUUUUCGUAGCUUUGUACGAUAGUUUGCCAUCUUGAAUUUUAGGCUAUUUUUCCAGCCAUACCACCCUGGCUGGGGACCAGGUUCAGUGAGACUGGGGUGCUUACUUAUCAGUGAUUUUGCGACACUGCUGAAGUCAUCAUCGUUCGGGUACGCCUUGAAACUGUACAUUGUUUCGGCGAGCUUCUCAAGUAUGUCAUGUUUCAUGUCUCGUGAUGGAGUAAUUGGGAGACGGUCUUUCAUGAAUGAAAGGUCUGCCUGUCUCAGCCUGUACUCUACAUCCACUGAGAAACUGGGUAUGUCAAAGAACUCUGGCCACUGUCUUCUAAGUGAAGGUGACGAUUCAGCAGGGGACAAGAUCUCAGCGUCUACUGUGCUGCAGUCUGAUUCUUCGGUGGGUGAAGACAGGGCGGUCAAAUCGAGAGUCACAAGAGGAAUUACUUUCAGCGUAGCUCUUGCAGGCAAAUCUGUUAUUUCAGUCAAAUUGCAUAAUGCAUUACUGAAAUCUGGAUCUUCAUAUUGGAGUUUGAAGUCGUACUGCAGUGACAGCUUAUCUUGCAGCUGUGUUUUUAGUUCUUCAAUGGAAUUCGGUCUAUCAUUUAAGGUCAGCUUCCUUAUGUCAUCCUCAUGAAUGACAACUCGAAGCAUCAAUCUUUGGUCCAUCUCAAUGUCACCUCCUGUGAAAAAACAUUAUCUUCACACAUCAGUGUUUAAUCCACCAAGCCUAAUAUGUACCGUUUGAGUGUAACAAGCUGUUUGCCAUGAACUCUGUAAAGUGACAGAGGAAACACAUCAUUCAAAUCUGACAACUGGGUGACUGAGAACAUGGGAAAAUGGCUGCUGCUGAGGUCAUACACUCUAAGAUGCUCAUCAUACCAUGAGGUCAUCAGUCUACAGACAAAUGCUACAUCUGUGUUUAUAACAACAAUCCUUGAGAUUUGUCUGAACUCUGGGAGCCCUGCGCAAGAUCCAACAGAAAUGACCAUGUCAGAACUGUACUUGAUGCCAUCAAUGAUGACGGAGGAAGCAACAAGGACUGUGUUUAGCUGGUUGUUUCUUUGACUGAGCCAGUUCUGCACAUUUUCCGGAAAUGAGGAAACCAUCACAGACUUCACUUUGUGAAUUUCAAUAGAUGGCUUAAAAAAUGUUGUGGCAGCUAGAUGGAAGGCCAUCAUUUUCUGAUGUCUGUUUGCUAAAGUCAGGGGAAUGUUUUUAAAGUUGUGAGAGUGAUGCACAACUUUCUUGAAGAACUUGUGUUUCCCCUCAAAACGCAUUGUCCACACAUCAGAUAGAGGACCAAAUGUUCGAAUGAGCUGAGGGUAAUGCUCAAUGUAGUGGUGCUUUGGUCGUAGCUUUUCACCCGGGAAAACCUUCUGAAACAAUUGUCUAUGGUCAGAGAUUUUGCUAUCAAGAAAGCACAAAGACUCUUCUGUAAAGCUUGUGGACAUUGCCAACUCCACCACAUCUUUUAAGGUCAUUAAGACCUCCCAGGUUUCAUCACCGUCUGGAAUGUGUUGACCAGUUAACAAUGGUAGAAGUCGGAGAAGAGUCCAAUUUUCGUGACCAUUUCCUCCAAUUGUUGACUUUGAGGAGAAGGUCUUUGGAAUUAGUUGGGGUUGAUUUACUCUGUCUUCAAAUGUGUAUGGGAAGUGUUUAAUAGCAUCAUUCAGGGCCUCAAUGGAGAUAGUUCCCUUCGAUAUCAGUGCCUUUAAGCACAGAGCCAACUCUACUGGAACAAUACCCUCCAGAAGAUCAUGCAGAAUGUCUGGAGGGUAACCAUCAACUACAUGAAAAUGUUGCAAGCUUUCAGUAAAGGGACAGCUUCCUUUCACGCCGUAUUGUUUAGCUGAAUGUGACACCUCUUGCACAUGUUUGUCAUGGUUUUCUUUUGUUCUUUGUUGAAAUAAGCCUGUCCGUACUUCUUGAUCCUGCAUUUCCUCCCGCUUGGCCAUACAGAAUCGACAAACUUGGCUAACUCUGAAGCUUUCAAAGAACCCUCCCAAAGAGUGGGCAGCCAGAUUGUCUGCUGCAACAAAUAACACUGUGCCCUUAACAGUGGCUCCCAACUGUUCAACAUAUAUGCCUUGUUGCUCAAGAAAAACAAGGUCCAGAAUAAGAGGGUGGAGAAUUUUGGCAUAACCAUGGUCUUUGAUGUUGUUCGCCUUGCAAAGCAGAGCAAGCUGAAUGGAAUGAAGAGAAGAGCGAUAUUUACGGUGUAAAUUUCCAAGUGUCCAGUAGAUAGCAGUUUGUUUGUGCUUUUUUCUGGAGGUUCCCAAGGGGUUAGCCACCUCAAAAUCAUCAAUAUACAGUUGGAGAGCGAUCCUGAAUUCUUCCUCAUUCAAGAAAGCACUGUCUUUGAAGCGGGCACCAUCUCUGUAAGAUUGGUAUUUCCCUGACAAAGUUGCCUCAUGUGACAUGGUCUUUUCCAGAAUUUCUCUAUUGCUCAGUAAUGUUUGCAGCAUUUUUAGUAUGGGGACAUACACAACAUUCUGCAUGUUUUCUAGGACAAAUUCAACUGGCAUAACCAAAGAGAAUUCCCUUGAAAUGUAUGAUUUUCGCCUGUUAGCAGUUGACAACGAUCCCUCAUCAGAAGUGAAUUUGAGGAAAACAUUAUUCUCAAUGACCACUUGAGCUAUCUCAUUCACUAAAGCAUCAUCAACGUUUGCACAAUGUGUUUGUAGAAUUCUUUGAAUAGAAGAAUGUAGCAAUGGCUGUGAUAACAAAUAAAUUUGAUUGAUCUGCUCUAUGACCUCUUGCAGGGCAGUUUCAGAGAUGUUAAGAAUUGAUGACAUUUUCAGGAAAAGAGCAGCUACAUUGUGUUCCAACUGAUUCUCUAAGUCCUCCACAUCUUCAUUUUGCUCAGCAACUUCACAGUCAAUUCCAUCAAAUUCAUGGUCACUCUCCUCUAUCUGAACACUAGCAUUUGUUGUAAGUUCUUCAACCACAUUUUUUGAACCAAUUUCCUGUUUGAAUGGCAUCUUGUUGUGCAUCUGGUGCUCUUUGCUUUUGUGUGCAGUAAAGGUAGAAUAGACAUUACUCUGAAAGUUACAGUCCUGAUAUGGGCAAGCAACCAUUUGCCUCAGCUUAAGAUGUCUUCGCAAAUGGGUAAAGAAGUCUGCUUUUGUGCAAGGCUCCACGAAGUUGCACAACUGACAGUGAAAUGCAGUUUCCCCACGUUUGCCUGCAUCCUUUUGAGUAUGCCAUGUUGAAAUGUGCACUUUGAGUGCAUUAAAAGAUUUAAAUGUGCAGAGGCAUUCCUUAUGAAGGCAUGGAAGUGGGGAGGUCCGAGUGUGAAAUCCAUGUUUUAAGCGGUAAUGCUUAAGCAAGUAGCCUCUCUUUUCAGCAGAAAAUGUGCAGUACUUACAAGUCCACUGCAUUAGGGAGUACUGCUCUGGUUGACCUGAAAAGACAUGAUAAUUUUAGCAUUAAGCCCUCUAUGUGUGCGUUUGUUGCCUAUUUGUGUUUAUUUAUCGAAACAGAGCCAGACAGAGUUGAAAAUACACGCACACACAUCGACACACAAAUAUACACAAAUGGUACCUUGUCAACCGGCGCGGAGAAAUUAACCUGGUGUGAGCUGGAGGGCUGCAGCUAGCAUACAAUUUUCGAGGGCGAGCAGCUUGGCGCGACCAGGCUGAAACGAACUUCCCUGUGCGGGUCGGAACACCGUGAUCCCGAUACCGGAGCUCAACGGCCAACCUUUUCUCCCACAUUCGAACCUGUCGCCGACACCACACACACGCGCGCGCGUCCAAAUCGCCAAGAAAAGGAUAGGAUAAACUCUUGUCUACAUUUGUUUUAAAAACGGCGACGUUACUGUGCUAGCGGUAAUAUUUGAAUUUGAUUUUGUUUACUCCUCCCUGGCAAGCACAUAACACUACAACAAGACAACGCGACGGUUUACAAAAGAGGAGAAUAUUCACUUACCUUAAUGUGCUAAACACAAGCAGGCCAGGUGAAGGUGUUGAAGGAAGCUCCUGAUUGAUGAUGCGGUCGAGGUGAAAAUGUGCUGAAGGUUUUGGUAGCUCGAAGUAGAUGAGGAAGGUCUGAGCAUGUUCAAAAAAAACCUCCCAAAGCAUGCUGGGUACAAUAAAUAACUUUUUCUAAUUUGACUUAACUGGGAUAAAUCAAGUUAAGCAUGUUUUCCAACCUCUAAUUACUAGUUACUUAUUUAAAAUGAGUGUUCAUAACAAGUUGAUGAAAACUGAGUUUGGUUCACUCAUCUUAUUUAAUUAAUUUGAAUGUUAGCAUUUACAGUGUACAGAAGAGAGGUGGCGGACCUCAUAGCUUGGUGUUGUGAUAACAAUCUCCUUCUCAAUCCAAAUAAGACUAAAGGGAUGAUCAUCGACCCAAGAACAAGGGAAAAGGAGCCGUAUAGACCUCUGUUUAUUGAUGAGACUGAGGUGGAGAGGGUGAAAACCUUCAAGUUCCUUGGCACACACAUCAGCGAGGACCUCACCUGGUCUCACAACACCCAACAAAUCAUGAAGAAGUCCCAAAGGAGACUGUACUUCCUGAGAAGACUGAGGAAAUUUGGCAUGUCCACCACAAUCCUGAGUUGCUUCUACAGAUGCACUAUGGAAAGUGUCCUUACCGCCUCCAUCACUGUUUGGUACGGUAACUGUACAACACGUGAUAGGAAGGCACUCCAGCGGGUGAUCAAGACCUCACAGAACAUUGUUGGGGCAGCCCUCCCCUCACUGCAAGACAUUUAUAAAACUAGAGUCCUACGAAGAACACACAACCUCAUCAAGGACAGCACACAUCCACAACACUCAUUAUUCACACUCCUACCGUCAGGCAGACGCUACAGGAGUUUGAAGUCCAGGACCACAAGGCUGGCAAACAGCUUUUACCCACAGGCCAUCAGGCUUCUCAACGAAGCACUCACACACGCCGCACGCAACACACGCACACACUCAUAGCACUUAUUUAUUCAUUUAUUUGUAUAAUUUAUCUGUGUUAACGUCUCUUCUGUUGUUGUUGCUUAAUUUAUUGGUAUUUAUGUUUCUGAUGUUCUUAUUCUUUUUCUUGUGUUUUCUUUCUUUUCUUGGGAGAAUGAAGAGAAUAAGAAUUUUAAUUGCAUAGCAGAACUGCCUGUUUUACUGUGCAUAUGACAAUAAAACUCGUGAAUCUUGAGAAUCUUCUAUCCUUUUGUCUGCAACCAAGCUUUGGUAGAUUUUGAGGUAUUCUUGGGAUCGUUGUCCUGUUGGAAGGUCCAACGUUGCCCAAGCUUCAGAUGUGUCACUGACUGCACCCAAAGUCUCCUGGUAAUUACUUUGAAUCCUUGAUAGUCCUGUCAGAGUUCCCCAGCUGUCACCCAGGGAUUUUGUUCCACCUUUCAGUUCAGGCACCGGACAGCAGACGCCGACUGCAUCCUCUUUCUGCCACGCCCAAGUCGUGUUUCCACUGUGCCUUUAGCUUUAAAUUUGUGAAUGAUGCUUCCAAUUGUCCAUCCAUCCAUUUUCUAUACCGCUUCUCCUCUUUAGGGUCGCGGGGGCAUGCUGGAGCCUAUCCCAGCUGACUUCGGGCGACAAGCAGGGUACACCCUGGCUUGGUGGCCAGGCAAUUGCAGGGCACAUAUAGAUAAACAAUCAUUCACAUUCACAUUCAUACCUAUGGACAAUUUAGAGUUGCCAAUUAACCUAACAUGCAUGCAUGCAUUUUGGAUGUGGGAGGAAACCCGAGUACCCGGAGAAAACUCACGCGCGCACGGGGAGAACAUGCAAACUCCACACAGAAAUGCCCAAGGGACAAUCUAACCCAGGUCUUCCCGAUCUCCAUGCUGUUACUGUUUUGGCCAACAUGCUAACCACUAGACCACCGUGCGGCCACGCUUCCAAUUGUGUCUUUUGAAAUGUUUCAUGCCUUUGCUAUCUUUUUGUAACCGUAUCCUUGCUUAUGAAGAGAAAUGACCUCCUCUCUAGUCUAGAAGGAGCUGGGUGUCGCAGUCGUUUUAAAUCUGCUCAUUAUGGUUCUGUCCACAUCUGCGGGUGUUUUCAACGCCUGAUUGAAAAGACCUGAUGAAACCUCUGUUCUUAUGAGUGGUCAUCUUGGAGGGGUUGAAUAAUUUUGUCAGUGAGGAAACACAAAAAGGACAUUUGUUGGUGUUAUUAGAAAAAGUAUUGUUGUCAUUUCAGUUGCAUUUAGCUAAUUUUCAAGUCCUUGUAAGAUUUCAUUCUAAACAUGAUUGAAAUGGGUUUUUUUAUUUCCUCCAACACUUUCCCUCUCCCCAGCUACUUCAUCCAGCUGCUCCCGGUGGCUCCCGAGACAUAGUCUCUCCAACAUGUCCUGGGUCUUCCUCGAGGCCUCCUAUCGGUUUGACGUGCCCUGAACACCUCCCCAGGGAGGCAUUCGGGGGCAUCCUGGCCAGAUGCCCAAGCCACAUCAUCUGGUUUCUCUCAGUGCUUCUGACCUUAUCUCUAAGGGAGAACCCAGCCACACUUUGGAGAAAACUCAUUUCGGCCGCUUGUACCCGCCAUCUUGUCCUUUCGGUCACUACCCAAACCUCGUGACCGUAGGUGAGGGUAGGAACGUAGAUCGACCGGUAAAUUGAGAGCUUUGCCUUUCGGCUCAGUCACCACAACAGACCGAUGCAGGGUCCACAUCACUGCAGACGCCGCACCAAUUCGCCUGUCGAUCUCACGUUCCAUCCUUCCCUCACUCGUGAACAAGUCACCGAGGUACUUAAACUCCUCCACUUGGGGCAGGAUCUCAUCCCCGACCUGGAGAUGGCACUCCACCCUUUUCCAAGAGAGACCUAUGGCCUCGGACUUGGAGGUGCUGAUUCUCAUCCCAGCCGCUUCACCCUGCUGCGAACCGAUCCAGUGAGAGUUAAAGGUCACGGUUUGAUGAAGCCAGCAGGACCACAUCAACUGCAAAAAGCAGAGACCCAAUUCUGCAGCCACCAAAUCAGAGUCCCUCAAUGCCCUAGCUGCGCCUAGAAAGUCUGCCCAUAAAAGUAAUGAACAGAAUCUGUGACUAAGGGCUGCCCUGGCAGCCGCAGAUCCGACGACACAACCACAAAGUCGAUCAUCCUGUAAGGCCAAGCCAGAUAUCUCAUCAUUACAAUCCAAGAUGGCCACGCAUACGUCUCCGCGUUGUUCACUCCCUGACUCCGUGACUUUUAUCGGUUAACUACUGACUUCUUCGGUUAAGUCUUUACCUUUUGCUGAUCUGUCACUACCCAGUUGCUUCUCAAGGCUGUGGGCUAUGGUUGAGGCUUCGUUCUAGCUGUGUUCUGGCAUUGAGCGCUCCUGUUGGAGAUUGUUGACUGGAUCCCUCUGCCUCGUUAGAGUAAUCCAGAUACAGGAUUGCGGAAUUGUGGAAACCCGCGGAAGUCCUCGCAGGCUCCAGUUGUUCCGGCUCCCGAUUCCAGGUGACUUAGGUGGAGAGUCUAGCAGAGGCUGUCCCGGCCCCCGGGACUAGCUCGCAGUGACCUGGGUGGAGCGUCUCCUGGUUGUGCUGUGUGCUGUUGCCUGGACGUAAGGACCGAGAGUUCGCUUGUUGUUGCUGAUGCCCAUCUGAAUUUUCCGGUUUCUCUGUCACUCCCUGCUGCUGUUAAGUCUUUGUGGGACGUGAUAACUGCUGGCCGCUUACUCGCCUGUUCGUAUCUAGCCAGUAGUUACACCUACUGGCCGGACGAACAACCAGCUCGUUAGCUCUCAGUGGCUAAUUAGCCUCCUCGGUUCCAAGAGACAGGCUACCGCUUGGGUGUGGAGAUUGGCUUGUGCGUUAGCUUCUAGCGGCGAAUUGGAGAGCCGGCUGCUGGUUGCUGGCUAUUAGCCGCUAUCCUCAGCCGCUGCCCGGGCGGAGUUGCAGCAGGUUCCGUCUUCACCGAUGUCUUCGGAACUCCUGGCGGGUGACUCUCUCUCCUAUCUUUCUUGUGGCUCUCCUUAUUUUUGAAUCCUAAACAUACUCAUCUGACCAAAUUCGGUAACAAUGACUGUGACACUGUUGCUGUUCCUGUCUCUCCUGCUUUUGCCUGAAUUAGUCUUUCACAGUUGUGGUGGUGUACCUGAUCAGGUGCCUCGUCCACCACUGUGGCUGCCAAGUUCUGUCACAGACAAAGGGUCAUUGGCUCUUUCUAAUUUGCCAAAUUUGUCACUGUUACUCUCUUGUGGAUUACUUCUAAAUGAUUUUAAUCAGCUCUGUUUAUGGUGCUCUUUUGUCUUAAAAAACCUGUUUUACUUUCACUGAAGAUACACCUCUUAAGCUUGUGAGCCCAAAUAAUGUAAUUGUGGCAUCAUGUAUCACUCGGAAAAAAUAUCUUAUUUUGCUUUUACUCUUGCUCUCAGGCAAUGUCCAGCCGAAUCCAGGGCCAGCCCUGAAUAACAUUAGCACUUCUGAUGAAUUUAGGGCUCGGUCAGGACUUGGUCUGAUACAUUUUAAUGUAAGAAGUCUGGCCCCUAAAUUGGAUCUUGUUAAAAUUUGGGUCCAGUCGACUAAUACAGAUAUCCUUUUUUUGUCAAGAGUCUUGGCUCACUAAAUCAAUUAAGGAUAAAGAUAUUGCAAUUAGUUGGUAUAAUGUCUUUUGAUGCGACCGCCCAAGGCAAGGUGGUGAGUUAGCAAUUUAUUUUAAAAAUAAAUAUAACGUUACCCUGCUAUCCUCCCUCUCUAUAACUAAAUUAUUCGAAGUCCUUGCCCUGAGGUUGAAUUUUGCACUUGAUCAGACUCUUACUAUCAUAGGGUGCUAUAGACCGCCCUCUGCAUCUCCUGACGCACUAUCCUCACUCGAAUCGUUUGUAGCUGGGUUAAACGUCAGUGAGCUGCUUUUGGUCAGAGAUUUAAACCUCGACUGGUUAACUUCAUCAUCAGACAACCUUAAAUCGCUUUGUGACUCUUUAAAUCUGACUCAACUUGUAAAUUCUCCAACCCUCCCAAACACUAAAAACCCAUUGAAAUCAUCUUUAAUUGACCUGAUUUUAACAAAUGCCCCCAUAAGUACACAAGUAUAGGUGUAUUUGCAAAUGAUCUCGGUGAUCACUGUGCCAUCGCAGCAACAAAAAAUACUAAAAUCCCCAAAUCUAAGCCACAUAUUCUCCUGAAAAGAGAUUUUAAAAAUUUUGGUGUGCAAGCUUUUCUGCAUGACCUGGCCGCAUUCAAAUGGAGCAGAAUCUCCUUAUUUGAUGAUGUUGAGGUGGCCUUGAAUUAUUUUUACGAUGAGUUCAGCCGCAUCAUAAACAGGCAUGCUCCCAUCCAAUAAUUAAGGGUGAAGGGACGAAAAAAAUCGUUGGUUUUCAUCUGAUUUAGGAAACCUCCUUAAGGAUAGGGACGCUGUCUGGGCAAGGGCUCAAAAAACUAUAUCAGGGGUAGAUUGGCUCAGCUUUCAUCAAAUCAAAAAAGCUAAAUCUGACUUUUAAUUGACUGAAUCAACAAAAAAUCUGAAAGACCCCAAAAAAUUUUGGCAGGUCAUAAAAUCAACUAAUCAUGAAAUGACUAGUGACCUGCCAACUUUUCUGAUUUCUGAUUCAGGACCCGUGUCCGAUAAGAAAUCCAUCUCAAAUUGUUUUAAUGAUCAUUUUAUUUCUGCUGGCUCCUUGUUUGAGUCUUUGCAUCCCGAGCUGUCGAAAGCUGAUCCAGCCUGUGUGAACUCACCCCUGGUCCCAACAUCAGCAAGUGGUGGUACGACCUGUCUGAGUUUACUGCUGUGACUGCCUCUGAGGUUCGGAGUGUUCUGAGGAGACUGGACACAAAAAAAGCUGCUGGACCUGUUAAUGUUGAUCCUUUUUUCUUAAAUUUGGCUGCUGAUUUUAUUGCUGAGCCUUUAGGGCAUAUUUUUAAUUUUAGUUUUAUCAGCAAUAAAAUACCCAAAGUUUGGAAGUCUGCAUUCGUUCUUCCCCUGUUAAAAGGAGGUGAUCCUUCUAAUAUAAAUUAUUACAGACCAAUUUCUAAAUUAUGUAUAUUAGCGAAAGUAUUUGAAAGGAUCGUCAGUGAUCAAUGAACAUACUUUUUAGUGUCAAAUAAUACUUUAUCAUUGUUUCAAUCUGGUUUUAGAAAACAGCACAGCACUGUUAUUGCUGGUCUUAAAGUCUUAAAUGAUUUUAUUGAGGCUCUGGACAGUAAAAAACAUUGUGUAUCUCUUUUUAUUGAUUUAUCCAAAGCCUUUGACACAGUAGACCACAGACUCUUGGUUGAAAUUUUACGCAGUAGUGGUAUUUCGAAAUCGGCCACUGACUGGUUUCCUGAUUAUUUAACCAACAGAACUCAGUGUGUGCUGGUGGCAGGAUCCACUUCCACUUCUCUGGAUUUGUUUAAAGGGGUGCCCCAAGGAUCAGUUCUGGGACCCAUUUUAUUUUCAUUAUAUAAACAGUCUGUGUACUAAUGUGUCAAACACAUUUUAUCAUUUUUAUGCUGAUGAUGCCAUUAUUUAUUGCUGUUCACCCUCACUAACUCAGGCUUUUGACUUUCUACAAGCUGCUUUUAAUGUUGUUCAGUCUCGUCUGAGGACCUUGAAAUUGGUUUUAAAUACAGAAAAAAACAAGCUCAUGGUCCUUCAAAUUCUAGUGUGUUACCAGUAAACAUGCCAACUGUUGUAACACCAUCCAGCUGGUUUGUAAUUAUAAAUACCUGGGGUUCUUUCUUGACCACAAGCUUUCCUUUAAAGCACAUAUCGCAAAAUUUGUCUCUAAACUCAGGGUGAAACUGGGGUUCUUUUAUAGAAAUAGAACUUGUUUAUCGCUCAGAGCCAGGAAACUGCUUGUUUCAGUUACAUUUCUCCCUCUGAUCGACUACGGAGAUGUGCUGUAUGUGGAUGCUCCUCUCAAGUGUCUCCAAUCUUUAAAAACACUGUCUAUCACAGUGCCUUGAGGUUUGUCACUGGUGAUGGCCGUCUUACACAUCAUUGUGACUUAUAUGUGAAAUCAGGACUGCCCUCUUUAAGUGAACACACGUAUACACAUUGGCUGAUCCUGACUUAUAAGGCUCUGCUUGGCUUAGUCCCAACAUACAGUAUCUAAGUACUUUACUCCAGAGAACUGAAAGUCACUAUGCCUUGCGAUCUUGUGACAUCCUCCAUCUCUCUGUUCCUCGUGUCGGAACUGAACUGGUGAAGAGAGCGUUCAGUUUUGUAGCCCCCACAGCGUGAAAUUUUUUACAGGCUGAACUAAAGCUCUCAGAACUCAUCCCUUUUGGAGCCUUUCAGUCCUUGCUGUUGGACAAAGAGCGUGAGACCACAGAACAGUGCCUUUGUUUUAAAUAGCUUUUACAUAUUUAUCACAAAUCACCUGCACUUUACAAAGUAUGUGUGUUCAUAUACAUUGUAUGUAAUCUUUUAGAUUUGUAUAUUUUAUCACUUGUGACGUGUGCUGCUGACCUCUUGGCCAGGUCACCCUUGGAAAAGAGAUCCUGAUCUCAAUGGGGUUUUUUUAUCUGGUUAAAUAAGGGUUUAAAAAAAAAAAAAACGAACUGAGGCCCAGGGUCCCCCAACACAACAAGGGAAUCCCCCGAGGGAGCACUCUCCAACACUCCCUCUAAGGACUCCAAAAAGGCAGAGUAUUCUGAACUGCUGUUUGGCGCAUAGGCACAAACAAUAGUCAGGACCAUCCCCCUACCCGAAGGCCAAGGGAAACUGCCCUCUCGUUAACUGGGUUAAACUCCAACGUACAGGCCCUGAUUGGCAUUUGCCUCGUGCUCCAGACAUCCACAGCAUC